AUGCAACAACCAUUACAGCAACCAUUGCAACAGCAACAACCAUUACAACAACCACUACAGCAGCAACCACUACAACAGCAACCAUUGCAACAGCCACUUUCAGUUGCAAACUUUGCUCAGACACAGCUCCCUUUGCAGCAGCAGCUACACACUAGAAAAUUAUUGCCAUCAUUGGUCACCAACAGACUUGGUACUAGACAGGGAAGCUCUACUAUGGGUGAUAUGAGUCGCACUGGGAGAGGAUCAAGAACUUUUAUUCCCUCCACUCAUAGUGAAUCAAACCUAUCUUCUGCUUCCAGUUCCGUUACUACCAAUAAUAAUGCUGGAUCAUCGUUUUAUCCCAAUCGAUUGAUGCACAAUCAAACCAAAUUAUGGAAACCCAAUAGUGCAAGUUCAUCCAGCUUACCUAUAGGAUCUUCCUCUAAUGAGGUUAAUGGUCCAUAUGCUGCUGAUUGCAUAUCAUCCAAUUCUUCUCUUGAAUCAUCUCAUCGGUUUGUUACUGGUGCUCCUACUCGGGACCACUGGAAGCCCGAUUCAGAUGCACCUGAAUGUUCUCUUUGCGGACAGCGAUUCUCAUUCCUUAUUCGUAGACAUCAUUGCAGACGAUGUGGCGAUGUUUUAUGCUCAAGCUGUUGUAAUGCGACAGUCCGACUUGAUCAAAAUGCAGCAUUUCAUCCAGCUGGCAUGACAUGCCGUGUAUGCGAGCCAUGUUUUAAAGAGUUUCAAAGUUGUCUGAUACCACUUAAAACAGCGUCAUCGGCAGUAGACAACUCGUAUGAACAAGAAGAUGAAGUAAAUGCGAUACCCAUUAAUCUCAAGGAAAACAUCAAAGCUAACACUACUGUUUGGACUUCUGAGCAGGACCAGAAAUUGCGUGAGGGGUUUGAGCAGCAUGGCCGUCACUGGGUGCAUGUCAAGAAAGUCAUGGGCAAUGCGUUCAAGGUGUCCGAAAUUCGCAGCAGAGCUAUUGCUUUAGGUCUUUUACCAGAAGAACAUCUUCCAGCACAUCAUCUUGCUCAGGUUACCACUGCCGCCAUUGGCUCUGCAAAUGCUGCUACCACGCUCAAAGAAAUGGUUGCUCUGCCUAACAUGUAUUGUAUUCAAAUCGUUAUUCACACUAUCAUUGUAUUUGGUUUAUUCAUGGAAUUGUGUGAAUCUGCUGUCUGA